AUGACCGCCAUCAACGGCACCUCGGCCAACGGCACGUCCGCCUCCCUCGACCCAUAUACCAAGCUCUGCCAAGAUGUCUCUGGCCCCAACGCCAAUCCGCGAGCCAAAUUUGUGCUCGAUAGUCUCAUGAAGCACCUGCACCUUUUCGCUCGCGAGGUACAACUGACCAAUGAAGAAUGGCUGGGCGCAUGCGACCUGCUGAUCCGUUCGGGACAGAUGUCGGAUGACCGACGAAACGAGCUGAUCCUCAUCUCGGACGUUUUGGGACUCGAAUCUUUGGUAGACAGUAUGGCGUAUGAACGGGCACAAUCGUCGUCUUGCUCAGCUCAGAAGGUGGAGGGCGGAGUGGAAGCAACUCAGUCGGCCAUCUUGGGACCGUUCUAUCGUACAGGUGCUCCCGAGUAUGCCAAUGGAAGCGACAUUGUGCUGGACCACAACAUCAAGUCUUCCGAAGGCAAGGUGGGCGAGACGUGCUACAUGCACGGUCGUGUCACUGACGCUGCUACUGGACAACCUGUGGUAGGAGCCAAGAUCGAUGUCUGGCAUACCGGACCCAAUGGUCUGUACGAACAACAGGACCCUGCUCAACCAGAUUUCAACUACCGUGGAAAGUUCACCACCGACGCCAACGGCGAAUACGCGCUGCGAUGCUUGCGUCCAACCGCCUACCCGAUCCCCUACGACGGCGGCGCAGGUGACAUCCUGAAGCUUUUGGACAGGAGUCCCAUGCGACCCGCCCAUAUUCACCUGCUUAUCGAGGCGAACGGGUACAAACAGUUGGUGACGCAGAUCUUUGAUUCCAAGUGCGAUUACAUUGGUGCCGAUGCUGUGUUCGCCGACAAGAGCGCACUCACGGUUGACUUUGCCCAGCCCACCAGCGAGCAAGCGAAGAAAAGUGGGAGCCAGACAGAAGUCACUUACGACAUUCGUCUCGUUGCCGAUAACUGA